AAUCCUGAAGAAGAAGAUCAGCUGAUACACCAUCUUUCAGUGGACCCAGCGUCAGAAAGAAACCUUUCACAUCUUUAUAUCUAUAUCAAAGGGAAGGAGGCAUCAUAUAUAUAUUUAUAUUCAUAUACGUAUAUACAUACAUGUAUAUAUAUACAUAUAUGUAUAACUUUAUAUAUAUGUAUACAUAUAUAUACAUAUAUAUCGCAAUGUGAGUCCAAUGUCGGAAGGACAAUCGGAAACGAGGAGGAAGGGAACAAAGCAGACAUGAAGGAAUAACCCGAGUGUCUUCAGUGGAACCAGUUAAGAGAAUAACGCUAAUUGUGUGUGGUUGUCAUCGAUCAGAAGCUAACUCUCUUCUGCUAACACAAGGAAAGACGUUGACACAAUUACAAGCAGAAAGUAAGCAGGGCGAGAAAAUAAACACACACCGAGUCUCAAUGUAGGCAAGAUGGCGGUCUCCGUCAAUGUAAACAAAACGAUUUAGCCGUCAGGAAGGUUAGCUCUGUUGCUAAGUGUUGCGAGAGUGUAUGUUUGUCAAGUAGACAUAAACUAAAUUAAAAUGUAGUUGUAUGAGUAUUGUUGGCAUUUCAUUGUGUAAAAAAACUGUGUUAAAAUGAAGCGUCGUUUGACUGUUCAAGUCACAUUUUCUGAAUAGUAAUAAUAGAUGUGUUAUUAUGUAUGAUUUACUCCAAUAAAUAACGGACAGUGUAGAAGCAUUUAUAGCUUAGGGUCAGCAUGUGAUAAUGGGAAUAGUCUUUAUUCAUGACCUAAUGUCACCCAUUAUUUUUAUUACUGAUGCUACCUGGUAAAUUGAUGCCGCCCAAUGCACAAGAUGUAUUUUUGAAAUACACCAUUUUUAAUACUAAGCAUAAAUUUGCUGGUUCCCAAUUUGGACUAUCAAGCUUCCCCCGCCCACCUCCCAAAGUGUUGGAUUCUCUGGGAUCUUUGACAUUAUCUGAAGGAACUGAAGUCUUCUGGACCCCUGAGGAACCCAGACCUGGAUGUCAUGGAACUGAUGUUUGCUGAGUGGGAGGAUGGAGAGAGGUUCUCGUUUGAAGACUCUGACCGCUUUGAAGAAGACUCUUUGUGCUCCUUCAUUUCAGAGGCUGAGAGCCUCUGUCAGAAUUGGAGGGGAUGGAGGAAGCAGUCUGCCGGACCUGCGUCUCCUAUCGUCAAGACUAAAGAUGGUCAUGUGAUUCCAUUGGUGGAGUUGUCAGCAAAACAAGUAGCCUUUCACAUUCCAUUUGAGGUAGUGGAGAAAGUGUACCCUCCUGUGCCAGAACAACUCCAACUUCGAAUUGCAUACUGGAGCUUUCCUGAAAAUGAGGAAGACAUCAGGUUAUAUUCAUGCCUGGCCAAUGGGAGUCCAGAAGAGUUUCAACGUGGCGAGCAAUUGUACCGAAUCAGAGCUGUCAAAGACCCUCUCCAAAUUGGUUUUCAUCUCAGUGCUACAGUUGUGCCCAGUCAGUCCGGACAGUCGAAAGGAGCCUACAAUGUGGCAGUCAUGUUUGAUCGCUGCCGCAUCACCUCCUGCAGUUGUACAUGUGGUGCUGGGGCCAAAUGGUGCGCUCAUGUGGUGGCCCUUUGUCUCUUCAGGAUCCACAAUGCCGCAGCUGUCUGCUUGCGGGCUCCAGUCUCGGAGUCUUUGUCCAGGCUUCAGAGAGAUCAGCUUCAAAAAUUUGCCCAAUAUCUCAUCAGUGAGCUUCCUCAGCAGAUUCUACCCACAGCCCAACGACUACUUGAUGAGCUGUUGUCUUCUCAGUCUACUGCAAUCAACACUUUAUGUGGAGCUCCAGACCCAACAGCUGGACCCUCAGCCUCCGAUCAGAGCACCUGGUAUUUGGAUGAGUCAACCCUCAGUGACAAUAUCAAGAAGACACUGCACAAGUUCUGUGGGCCCUCACCUGUUGUCUUCAGUGAUGUCAAUUCCAUGUAUCUGUCGUCCACUGAGCCACCGGCCGCUGCCGAGUGGGCGUGUCUGCUCAGACCUUUGAGAGGACGGGAGCCUGAAGGCAUCUGGAACCUUUUAUCGAUCGUUAGGGAAAUGUUCAAAAGACGAGACAGCAAUGCUGCUCCACUGCUGGAGAUCCUCACUGAGCAGUGCCUGACGUAUGAGCAGAUCAUCAGCUGGUGGUAUAGUGUUCGAACUUCAGCGUCCCAUAGUAGUGCCAGUGGACACACCGGACGGAGCAACGGCCAGUCGGAGGUGGCAGCUCAUGCCUGUGCUAGCAUGUGUGAUGAAAUGGUGAUGUUAUGGAAGCUGGCAGUGCUUGACCCCGCUGUGAGCCCUUGCAGGCGUCUGGAACUGGCUAGUCAGUUGAAGCAGUGGCACCUUAAAGUUAUCGAGAUAGUGAAGCGCGGGCAACAUCGCAAGUCCUUGGACAAGCUUUUCUUGGGCUUUAAACCCGCUGUAGAGUCCUGUUAUUUCAACUGGCAGGUGGCCUACCCCCUGGAAGGCAUUACAUUCUGCAGUACAGAUAAAAAGACUAACACUUUUUGCUGGCCUCGGGGAAUGCAGCACCCGAGAGCAGUAAGAACUUCAUUGGGAGGACUCGGAGACACAUCUGAACCAAGAGGAGCAGAUUUUAAAGGAAGAGAAAGUGGUCAUUCACCUCAGGAAGAAGUCGUAGUGCGACCAAAAGAGACCAUGCUAACCAAAAAGAAGGCUUUUUCAAUGAAUGGUGGAGGAAGUAUGGUAGUUCGUCUGGGAGGGAGCGUGUCACUGUCCCUCGAAGAUGCAGGGGUGAAGUGUUUCUACAAAGGACAAGGUAAUUCUUCUGGGGGGAAGUUAAAAUUAAUACAAAGCUGUGGGAAAGGGGGGAUAUUAGGCGGAUGUGGUGGGACCGGACCUGCUAAAAAUGUCAAUGCCAAGCGGAGAACCAGCAGUGAGGAUAGUUCUCUGGAGCCAGACCUCGCUGAACUCAGCCUUGAUGAUGGCUAUAGUCUGGCUUUGGGGGCUGAGGCAAGCAACACAUUAGAAUGCCCUCCUCCAGGACCAGAGAUCUUUUCGUCCCGAAGUCCGCUGCUCCAAGAAUUGUGCAAUAACAGCAACUGUGGUCGGAGCAUGGUAUUGGAAAUGAAGCGUAGUAGCCAAACCUCAAAUGCCUGUCAUGCUGCAGCGCCUGUGACAUCCACUUUACAUUUCACAGAGACCCAAGUGGUGGUAGUUGAUGAUCCUGGUAGACUAGGACACCCUCAAGAACAGAAGGUGGAGGUGUCAGUCAAUGACAAGGAUGUGAAUUUAGACAACAGCAACCAGUCAAAUCCUUCCUUAUCUACUAAAGCACCCCCAAGCCAUCUGGAGAAAGAGUGUGACGGAAAAGCAGCAGAUGGCGCGGCACAGGUUGUGUGCACAUUAUCUCACCAAGAAGCAGAUGCGCUUGGAAUCAUUGUGGGUGAUGACGACUAUCAAGCCUACUACAUAAGCCCUGCUUCAGAGGAGGGGGGAGAUCGACAGCUGGUUGACAACCAACAAGAGGAGGAGGCAGACAUCUUUGCAGGGAUCAAACCGCUGGAGCAAGAGGGACGUAUGGAUGUGCUGUUUGCAUGUGCUGAGGCCCUCCAUGCUCAUGGAUACAAUAACGAGUCAUGUCGACUGGCUGUGGAUUUAGCUAAUGAGCUUCUAGCUAACCCUCCAGACCUGAAAGUGGAACAGCCACAGACGAAGGGUAAGAAGAACAAAGUGUCAACAGGUCGUCAGACGCAGGUAGCCACCAACACACUGUGGAAAACGGCCUUCCUCCUCACUGUACUCGGUGAACGACUGGAGCUCCACAAUCUCGCCUUCAGCACUGGCAUGUUCUCCCUAGAACUCCAGAGACCACCAGCGUCCACCAAAGCUUUAGAGGUGAAGCUGGCUUACCAAGAGUCUGAGAUUGUGGCUCUUUUGAAGAAACUUCCUCUGGGGCUUGUGGAAAUGUCAGUUAUCCGAGAGCGAGCUGAGCAGCUCAGGGAUGGAAAUUUUUGUGGUUACAGGCCUGUGCUUCCUCUCAUGUUGGCCAGCUUUAUUUUUGAUGUCCUCUGUACCCCAGUUGUGUCCCCAACUGGCUCCCGCCCACCAAGCCGGAAUCACAACAGUGAGAUGCCUGGAGAUGAAGAGCUUGGCUUUGGAGCUGCAGUUGCUGCACUUGCACACAGCGUCUCCACAUCAGGGCUGUAUGACGUCACCUUUAUCUUCACACAGGAUUGGAUGAAGACUACAGUCAGUGAAGCAGAACAUCCUUUGCUUUGUGAAGGAACAAGAAGGGUGAAGGGAGAGCUUGCUCUUGCUCUCAUGAUCACAUACAAAGAUGACCAGAGCAAGCUAAAAAAGAUACUUGAUAAAUUGUUGGACAGAGAGAGUCAAACCCACAAACCUCAGACGCUGAGCUCCUUCUACUCCAGCAAGCCUGCAGCUGGAAGCCAACGUAGCCCUUCUAAACACGGCCCCUCCUCUUCCACUGCAACCACAAUGGUGGCUGCUUCUUCUAGCACCUCCUCUGCUGUGGCACUGGCCUGUGAAGACCUGGAUGAACCCAAAUCCAUACAGAACAGCACAGCAGGCCAAAGCACGUCUGAGCGUGUCUCAGAAGGCAAUCCAAGUGAGCAUCAAAACGAUGAAGGCCCAUUUAAACUUGACACCACAGUGCCGAGCCGAUUGGCGCUGGGAGCACGCUGUGGAUAUAGCCAACGCUGCUGGGGCUCUCCUGUUCGACAAAAGAAGAAACACACUGGUAACACAGUGACAGGCAUGGCAAGUAUUGACAGCAGUGCUCCAGAGACAACGUCAGACAGUUCUCCUACUCUCAGCCGGCGGCCAUUAAGAGGUGGCUGGGCAACAACAUCCUGGGGGCGGGGUCAAGAUAGUGACAGCAUCAGUAGUUCAUCGUCGGAUUCACUGGGAUCCUCCUCUUCCAGUGGAUCUCACCGGGUAGGAGGAGGUGCUAGGGCCAAGAGUACGGACACCAGCAGGUAUAAGGGGCGUCGUCCAGAAUGCCACGUGCCCCAUGUGCCCAACCAACCCUCAGAAGCCGCGGCUCACUUUUACUUUGAGUUAGCCAAGACGGUGUUAAUCAAAGCUGGAGGAAACUCCUCUACCUCCAUUUUUACCCAGCCUUCGGCUAGUGGGGGUCACCAAGGACCCCACAGAAACCUGCAUCUAUGUGCCUUUGAAAUUGGCCUCUAUGCCCUUGGUCUCCACAACUUUGUCUCUCCCAACUGGCUGUCCAGAACAUACUCCUCCCAUGUCUCUUGGAUUACUGGUCAAGCUAUGGAAAUUGGCAGUGCUGCCCUCAACAUUUUGGUGGAGUGUUGGGAUGGUCACCUUACACCUCCAGAAGUUGCAUCGUUGGCCGAUCGCGCGUCACGGGCCAGGGAUCCCAACAUGGUCCGUGCUGCUGCAGAAUUGGCUCUGAGCUGCCUGCCUCAUGCACAUGCUCUCAAUCCAAAUGAAAUCCAGAGAGCCUUGGUGCAGUGUAAAGAACAGGACAACACGAUGCUGGAAAAGGCGUGUAUGGCAGUGGAGGAAGCAGCGAAAGGUGGUGGUGUGUACCCUGAGGUCUUGUUUGAGGUUGCUCAUCAGUGGUACUGGUUGUAUGAGCAAUCCUUUGUGGGAGCCUUGAACCAGCAAAGAGAGACUCCUGAGCGCUGUGGAGCCAAUGGAGGUGUUCACAGGAGGCCUGUAGAGUCCAGCUGUGGCGUCUUUGAAGGUGUACCUAAUGUGGAGUCAACCGGGGUAGCAGUCACAGGCUCCGUCACAGCAGCGGCGGUUGUACCAGUAAUCUCUGUGGGCUCCACUUUAUACCAGCCCCAGGCUAUGGCCCAUGCCCAUGCCCAUGCCCACAGCCUUCACCCGUAUGCAACCAUCCAAGCCCAUGUACCCACUGUUUGCACCCCGCAAUAUCUGGGACACCCUCUGCAGCAUGCACCCAGACCGACCGUCUUUCCUAUAACCGGAGCUGCAUACCCACAGGGCAUGCACCCAGCCUUCAUUGGUGCACAGUUCCCAUUUUCAGUGGCCGCGGGUCCCCAGCCUUCCAUAGCAGCCACUGCUGUGACCUUCCCUGCCAUCCCUGUACCAGCCAUGACGCAGAUUUCCUAUCCCUACCACCCUGAGACCAGUCUACCAAUCAGCACCACUGUCGCAGUUGGCAGUAUCCAUGCUGGUUCCACCAUCCAAGCCAUUCAGGGGUCCUCUUUAACCUGCCUUUCCUCCCAGCCAAGUCCACUAAUCAGCACUCCUUUCCCAGUAGAGGAGGAGCCACACAGCCAGCCAAUCAGUCAACAGGGCCUGCACUAUCUCCAUUCUGCCUACAGAGUUGGUAUGCUAGCGUUGGAGAUGCUGGGAAGGAGAGCUCACAAUGAUCACCCUAACAACUUUUCCCGAAGCCCACCCUACACCGAAGAUGUGAAAUGGUUAUUGGGGCUCGCUGCAAGGCUUGGAGUCAACUACGUGUACCAAUUCUGCGUGGGAGCAGCUAAAGGUGUCCUGAGCCCAUUUGUCCUACAGGAGAUCAUCGUGGAGGCUCUUCAGAGGCUCAAUCCUGCUCACUUCCAUGCCCACCUCAGAACACCUGCCUUCCACCAGCUGGUUCAGCGCUGUCAACAGUCCUACCUACAGUACAUCCAUCACAGGCUCAUCCACUUAACACCUGCGGACUAUGAUGACUUUGUCAACAUCAUCCGCAGCGCCAGAGGUGCUUUCUGCCUCACGCCGGUGGGUGUUAUGCAGUUUAACGAUGUGCUUCAGAACCUGAAGAGAGGCAAACAGACUAAGGAGCUAUGGCAGCGUAUUUCUCUGGAGAUGGCCACCUUCUCUCCUUGAACAUUUGGAGUUCAGAGGAAUCCAUUCAAACACAUUCCCACACAUUCUUCUCUCCCCCCCGGCGAUGUGAACUCUGCAAACACAGCACACGUGUGCAUCAGAUCCAGCAAGAAUUUUUCUUGUCCUACUCCUUCGGGCCCUCAUCUCACAUGGCCGUUAUUGUCAUCAGUCUUUGACUGAAAUGUUGUGUUAUUGUGACUUUUUUCUUUCUUCUUUCUGUUCCUGAUAAAAAGAAGACAUUGAAUUUGGGGACUCUUGCUGUAAUUCCAAUGUAUUUUGUUUGGAAGAAAACCACUGUAUCUGUCACGUUUUGCAACUGUGUGACGAUAUCUUUCUGCAAGUUCUUAAGAAAAGAUGUAACGAGAAAACGGAAGGUCGUGAGUACAUGACAUAUUAUUGUUUUCAGCAUAGGUGAAGAUGUAGGACAGUGUGUAGAAUGCAAAAAGAAUAUUAUCAUGGUGGUCUUGUUGGAUGGAUAAAUAUUUACAUCGAACCCAGCUUUGCAUUACUGUAAAGAGAGCCAGUUACCAACCACUGUAAGCAAGAUGACUUGUUUUCAGUAGGUUGUUGGCAUAUUCGUAGGUGUAUCUUUGAGGAUCAUGAUUAUUUCCUUGACACAAAUAAAUAUAUUAUGGUUUAGGAUCUUUUGUCCAAAAAUGUUGAAUAAAAAAAAAACAGCAGACAAUAA